AUGCCGAAUUCCAGAAAAACGAAGCACGGCGGUAAUCAACAACAUGUGACGAUUGUUCCUGUGGAGCCUGUUAAAGGAGACAAUGUGGACACUGUCGCCUAUUCUUCGAGAAGCAGAAUCAGUGGAGAGAGUGGACAUUUGAUAGCUGAUGUACAGUCUCCUCAUGCGAAAGAGCACCGAAUCAUUUUCGAUAGAGAUCACAAUGUUUUUGAAUUCAGAUUGCUCGAUGGCUCAUCGAAACAUAUUAUCGUCUAUCGACUCGAUGAGCUCCUCUCCACAACCUGCUUCCCACUGAAAAUCAACAGUGGAGUCCCAGUGAUUCCAACGAAACCAGUGACAUCUGACAAGACGCUCUACUUCAAUUUUGUUUACAAAAAAGACAAGAAGAAGUGGCGACUCAAACAGAUUCCGGUCGUUUUCUACACGACAAGCGAGAGAGAUUAUUGGCAUUCUUUGAUUGAUACCACGUUGCGAAGAGUCAAAAACCGUCCGAAGAACAUUAUUAUCUUCAUCAACCCGUAUGGAGGAAAAGGAAAAGCACAGAAAAUUUUCAAGGAUAAUGUCGAAGCAUUCUUCUGGUUGACUCCUGGAUUACGGUACAAGGUGAUGCUCACGGAGAGAGCGAAUCAUGCCAGGGAUUUUAUUGUGGAAAUGCCUCCGGAGCAAUGGUGUGCUCUUGAUGGAUUGGUAUCAGUUGGUGGUGACGGUCUAUUCAACGAACUGCUCUCCGGUGCUCUUCUUCGCACUCAAAAUGACGCUGGACGCAAUAUCGAUGAUCCUAAUACUUCUCACCUCGUCACUCCUCAUAUUCGAUUCGGUAUCAUUGGUGCUGGAUCCGCCAAUUCGAUCGUUUCAACCGUCCAUGAAACCAAUGAUCAUGCCACCUCAGCAGUUCAUAUUGCAAUUGGAUCCGAAUGUAAUGUAGACGUUUGUACUGUUCAUCAACAUCAGAAACUAAUUCGAAUUUCGGCAAAUGCGAUUUCAUACGGAUGGUUGGGAGACGUUCUGAGAGAUUCUGAAGAGUAUCGGUGCUUGGGACCAGUCAGAUAUCAGUGGAGCGCUCUCCGAACAACAAUACGUCAUCCAAUCUAUCGUGGAAUCGUUCAAUUCUCAUUGUCUCAUAAGGAACAGGUAAACCCGAAGGAUCAACUACCACCGUGCCUUGAACCAUGUCCGGUGUGCAAAAAACCACAGGGAGAUGACAAGUACGACUAUCACUGGCAUGCUGAAUUCACUCAUGUCAUUUGUUGUGUCAUUCCAACAGUCACACCAUUCACCCCUCAUGGAUUGGCUCCAUUUACAGGAAUCGGCGACGGAACUCUCGACUUGGCACUCGUCCCAAGAAUUUCCAGAUUCCAUAACAUGCAAUUCAUGAGAAAAGUGGCGAUGUAUGGAGGAAAACAGCUCUACGAACUGGACCCAUCACUCAACUGUUAUCGUGUCACAAAAUGGUCCUAUCAACCAGACUCUGAUCAGAACGAUCCAGGAGUUUGGAAUCUUGAUGGAGAAAUUCUGGAACAACCGAAAGAUGAGCCUCUGCAUUUCAAACUUCAUCCACAGCUGAUCUCGUUCUUCGGACGAGACGCCGCGAUGGUGAAGCCAACGAAACGGAGCUUUAUAAAGAAGAGAAAAUCGUCAAUCGUUUAUCAAUGA